AAAUCUGCCGCCUUUAUCGUUGUAAAUAGCAACAGUAACUAAGGGGGCGGGGCUUAACAAACUGUCACCAGCAAUAAUCUGAAGAACCAAUCAAAUCCGUCUCCACGGUCUCCUUUUCAAAAUAAAAGCUUAUAUGCACAUGUUAAGAAAAGCACCUUUAAGUUUGUAGAUAGUAAAAACUGAAUUAAUUUUUUUUACUUUAAGCUUUGUUCUCUGUGUGAUGUUUUUUUUUUUUGCAAGAAAAUGUACGAACUUAAAAUCAUUAAUUUAUUAUAAAAUAAGUUUGAUCUGCUUGAAAACAAAUACGAACAGUGUCCAGACUCAUUUAGUUCAACGUCCCUUUCAAAGUACAUAAAACUGUAUUUUAGUGUAAUAGUUGGAACAUAUCAACUGAUUAAUUAACAGCAGCUGUAUUUUAUACGUUUUUUGGAUGGCCAGACAUUUUAAAAGAAACAGUUUUAGUUCGUACAAUCCCUGCCACUGCCAUCGCCUUGAAUAAAUGCUUGCAUCCACUCAGUCUGAUUGUGUGGGAUUCAUUUUUAUUAAAGGCUUUCAGUUGGUUAGAAGUUGUUUCUUGUCUUUACUCAGGUGCAGUUGACUCUUUGUAUUGACUGCCCUCCAGUGGCCACAGAGACAACAGUGUUAUUAUCAGUAUAAUCAUUAUUAAUAACAAUAUAUACAAUAUGUUAUUUGUUAUAUCAUUAAUGAGAUAUAACAAAUAAGACUAGUUGCAUCAGUGUUGGUAAUAAUCAUACUUUCAUACAUUCACAACACUAAAAAGCUGCUUAAAUUAAAAUUUUCUGCUUAAAUCAAGUGUCAAGGUAGAGGUAAUACUUCCUGUUAAUACUUUCAAAAUAAAUAGUGAAUGCAAACAAAUCUACAGAUGUCUGUUUCUCCAAAGAUGCUAUAAAAAAAAAUAAUAAUAAUGAUAAUAAUAAUAAUAAUAAUAAUAAGGAAAUCAAGGACUCUUGUUACUGUUAUUUUGGAAUUUUUCCAGAUUCGUUGUAACAUUUCUGUUUAAUUUUUAUUACUAUAUAAAUAAACGUGCUGUUUUAUAAUGUCUGCAGUUCAGACAUUUUAAUUGACUUUUUAAUUUAAUAGAUGAAUAUAUAUCAAAUAAAAACACUGCAACAACAUUAAAGUUGAUCCCAAUUAGUAUCUGUAUUGUUAAUAAUAGUAAUAGGAACAUUUUAACAUUAAUAUAUUAAUACAUGUACGUAAACUGCAAAUAAAAACGUCUUUUAUUGUUUUCAUUUACUAUUUAUUUCUGUUAAUAUUGUUUGUAAUUGCACAGUUUUACAUUUAAAGGGAAAAUAAUGAAUUAAUAAUAAUAAAACAGCAUCAAUGUCCUGAGCAGCGGUGGGUAGCUACUGGAAAAACUUGAAAAAACUGCACCUGAAUUUCAGCCAAUAACCCCGAAACAAUAAAACACUUACCUACACAUUAUAAAUUAUAUAUUUACAGUUUAAAAUACAGACUGUGCUUUAAAAUAACAUCCAUCCAUAACUCCUGCACACUGUAUAGAGACAUGAAUACAUGCAUACGGUACAUAACCACCCACUCCAUUUACAGAACACUUUGAUUGUGUUGACGCUGACUGUUCAUUUUAUCUGUGCUCAGCUUUGUUGUCCUUGUUUUUAAUUUGUUAACUUGUUCUAAUCUAAUGUCUUCUUGUGUUUUGUGUGUAAGAACACUGAGAGUCACAUUCCUCGUUUGUUUAGAUACACUUGAUCAAUCAAUCAAUCAAUACAGGCUCAUCUUGUUUUAUCUGAUCUUAUCUUAUUGGAGGAUUCAAGGUUAUUUUAUUGUCAUUUACAACAUGCAGGGUUGUAACAUUAAUAUUAGAUAUAGUUUCCUGUGUGCUACUUGGAAAACAAAAUUGACUAAUAAGUAAUAAAAGGUAAUGUGAAGUAAUGCUUAUCUUAUAUUAUCUUAUAAGUUAUAUUGUUCACUUGGUGUAAUAUCCUUCUUGUAUGUCUUAUUUUGUUUCUUUAAAACAGAAACAGAAAAAAAACCUUUAUUAUUAUUUCAUUCAUUUAUUUUUAGUUGUUUAUUGAUCACAUUUCAAAUGUACAAAUACAAACACUGUGCAAGUAUUUCAAUCCUUUUAACCCAAAAAUAUAAACCAACAAUAAACAACAAUACAUAUAAAAUAUAAGAUUACAAAGUAAAAGACAUGGUAAUAAAACAAAAACACACGCAUCACAUUAUGGGGACAUGUAAAAUUAAACAUACAUAUAGUAUAUAACUGUAUAUAACGUAAUAAUUUACAGUCAAAGAGGGAGAACAAUAACUGCUGUAGUUUUAUUUUUGUAGGUUUUGGCCGGAUGUUGUCACGCGAGCUGACGUAUCCAUGACGACAGCAGAGCUCGAGCUCGUUUGACAGAUGUUCGCCGAGGUUCAACGGCUCCGGAGCUCCGGAGGAGGAGAGCGGGUAGUGAGUGGAACGUUAGCCGAAAGAGGAGAGCGGAGAGCGGGCAGUGAGCGGGACAUUCACCGGUGGAGGAGAGCGGUCGGUGAGCGGGUUGUAAGCCGGAGGAGGAGAGCGGAGAGCGGGCAGUUAACGGAUCAUUCACCGGUGGAGGAGACUGAAACAUGUCGGGGGAAAAAGCGUCGAGUCCGUGUAACAAAUUUCAAGCCAACAUCUUUAAUAAAAGUAAAUGUCAGAACUGCUUCAAGUCCCGAGAACUGCAUCUGCUGAACGACCACAACAUGGAGCAGGCCAAACCGAUCUACGGAGGCUGGCUGUGUUUGGCUCCUGAGGGGACGGACUUCGACAACCCGAUGCAGAGGUCGAGGAAAUGGCAGCGGCGCUUCUUCAUCCUGUACGAACACGGCAGCCUGAGCUUCGCCCUGGACGAACUGCCGAGCACUUUGCCGCAGGGCACCGUGAACCUGAACCUGUGCGCGGACAUCGCCGACGCGGAGCCCAGGACGGGCCAGAGGAACGCGCUCUGCAUCGCCACGCCGGAGCGGGAGAUAUUCAUCCGCGGUGACAACAAAGAGAUCAUCAACGGGUGGAGCGAACAGCUCGCCGUCUAUCUGCGCACCAGCAGGCAGAAUCAGAAGAAGAAACGCAAAGUGGAACCCGUUGCCACGCAGGAACCGAGUCCAGCAAAGAUGGCUGCGACUGAUCCACGUUUUCCGUCCUCGGAGAGCGCUGCAGAGUCCGGCUGCGGUCGAUGGCAGGAAGACCAGCAGGGCAGGGGACCGGGUCUACCCCCCAUGUGGACUGUGACAGACCCUUUGGGCCCGGAGCAGACCCCUUCAGGCAGCACGUCUACCUGCCUGUGCCCGGCCUCCAGGGACUCUCUGACCUCGGCUGGCGGUUUCGUUAACCGGGUCGGCUGCUUGGACCUGGUGGCCGGUGGAAGCAACCAGCUGACUGAGUCAAACAACAUCCAAACCUCAGCCAACAACAAGAACCAGAGCCGGGACAAAAGGCUGCUGGGAUCGGAGACCACCGAGAAGGAGCGGGAAGGAGGGGCAGCUGUUUCCAGGCAGGGCAGGAGCGAGGCUCGCGCCAGCAAACGAGAGAAGCUUCAGUCGUGUGGAGACAUAGUCCAGCUCACCGCACCCCCACCUCAGAGAAGAUCCAGGUCUCUGGACCGCAGGACGUCAGACACAGUCAUGACGCCAGAUUUAUUAAACUUCAAAAAGGGCUGGAUGGUCAAACUGGAUGAAACCGAUCAGUGGAAGAAAUAUUGGUUUGUGCUGUCGACCGACAGUCUGAGGUACUACAAGGACUCCAUAGCCGAGGAGGCUUCAGAUCUCGAAGGAGAAAUCGACCUCACAAAGUGUUAUAAUGUGUCUGAGUACCAGGUCCAGAGGAACUACGGCUUUCAGAUCCACACGCCGAAGGAUGUCUACACGCUGUCGGCCAUGACUUCAGGGAUACGCAAGAACUGGAUCCAGGCUCUGAUGAGGAACGUACACCCGGCCAACGCCCCCGAUGUAGCCAGUUUACCGGGCCACCACGCUCCCUGCAGCCCCCCUGAAGCCCUCCCCAAACCAGACGUGACUCGGGACUCCCCCUCCGCCGACCUCUCCGCAGAGAGAGACCCUCACUCCAAACGCAGGACCGUAACGGAGAAACGUCGGGAAGGACGCUACAGAACCUUCGACUGGGCCGAGUUCAGGCCUCAGAACAAACCGGCUCCGGACGCAGACCCUCCGAGGACUAAACCUCUGUGCUCGCUGGAGCUGGGAGACCUGGAGAGGAGGAAGAGGCGGGAAGAGAGGAGGAGGAGGUAUGAGAGCAUGCUGGGAAUCUCUCUGGGUCGGGAGGUGACCGGCGAUGAAGCAGCAGACGUCAGCGUCAGAGCGAUGAGUCCGAAAUCACAGCAGCGAGUGGAGGAAGAGAUCGAAGAGUGCUGGAGGCUGGUGGAGAAGACGGCGUUCAGACUGGAGGGAACCGUCCCGCUGCUGACCGACGCCAGAGACGCUGCGGAGACGGAGAAACUGCUGGAGACCUACAGGAAGAAACUUGAGGAUCUGAAGGUUCAGCUGGCCGAGUCGGAGAGUCGCAGACUGGAGCUGGAGGCUCAGCUGAGUACAGCGGGAUAUCAUCAGCAUAAGCUGGACCCUCCUCUUCCUUCUGAAGAAGACACAAGCGAACAGCCGUUAAACAGCCACUCGCAGACCCUGAAAGACGUGUACGAAGAAACCAGAGAGCUCUUACAACAGCAGAACAUCAUCAGACAGGACAUGCAGCAGCAGCUCAGCUUCGAACCGCCUCCUUUAGCUCCUCAGACACCCAGAAUCUGGCUGCACGACACGGAGGGAAAUCUCCAAGAACUGGGGGAUUUGACACCUUUACUGUCCCCUGCAUCCGACAGCCAAGACGUUUUCCCCCAGAGCGACGGAGAGACCGCAGAACGACAUCCGGACGUCGAGAACCAGCCGGACGGAGAAGAUCGUCAGCAGGUUCCCGGCUCAGAAACACAAAUAAAUACCAGCGAGUAUAGUUCACUGAUUCUAGAGGAAGGAGACUCUCUGAGCUGCUGUGUGGAGCACCAGGCGACGGUGAGGAGGCUGGAGCUGCUCACCAGCCAGAACGAGGCUCUCAACCAGCGCAACCAGGAGAUGCUGAACCAGCUGACAGAGGCGGACCGCGAGAUCGAGCGUCUGAAAGCCGAGCUCAGCAGCAGCAGGUACACCGAACCCCUUCACCUCCCCGAGGUGGAGCAGCUGGGACAGACGGGGGCCGGCGAUCUGGAGAUGGAGCUGAGCUUGAGGAACCAGCAGCUCCUGGAGGCCCAGAGCUUGAUCGCCUCCCUGGAGGAGAACCUGAGGGAGACGGAGGCGCUGCUGCAGCUGAACGUCCCGGAGGAGAGCGCGCAGGAGGAGAGCGAGAGCGCGGAGAACCUGCUCCGCUGUUUGGAGGCUACCGAGGCGAAGCUGACGGAGCUCGAGAGGCAGCUCGACCAAUCGGAGCUCACCUGCGCGGCGCUCCAGACGCAGAACGCGCAGCUGAAGGAGGCGGACGAGCUUCACCGUCGGGCAGCUGCCGAGGCGGAGGCCGACAUCAGGAGGCUGAACGAGGAGCUGGAGAAGGAGAGACCGAAGGACGGAGACAGAAACGGGUGCGUUUCAGGUGAAGAGAGGAUCCAGAAGGUGAUCGAGGGGAUGGUGAUGAGGUUGAACGCUUUGGGGAAACUACUGGAGGUGAUCGACAGGUUGGACGUUGGUGUGAGAGGAGAAGAGGAGGAGAAUCCUGCGGUGGCGAGUCAGCUGAAGUGGGAGGAGGAGUUCUGGAGUUUGCUGCUCAACAAACUGGAGUCGAAUCCAUCCCAGCUGCACGAGGAGAAACCCGUGGAAGAGCUUCUGAGCGAGGUGACCGAACGAAUGAUAGUGGAGAAACAAAUGCUGCUUCUAGCUCUUCUGUCCGGGGCGGAUGAAGGGAGGGAAGGUCUGGAUAUUAUUUGGAAUAUUGCAAGUGAGGAAGCCAAAAAGCAGGAUGAGAGCAGGAUGUCGGACUUUAACGACGAGCUGUGUGAGAUCAAACGUUUCAGAGGCUUAACGCAGAUGAAAAUCUCUUUGCUGAGUCGCCUCGCCUCCUCCGUCAGCCCCUCUGCUCAGGACCAGCUCCAGCUGAUGGCCGACCGCCUCUCCGACUUCCACUUUUCGGAGCACCCCUGGUCCGGUUUCAUCCACUCCGCAGCCACCGAGGCGUUCUACUGCUGCCACUUAAGCCGCCUGCGCUCGAAACACGAAAGGGAGCUCGAGGAAACCAGACAGAAACUUCUCACUGCGUCUCUCAUCUGCAGCGACUGCGUGGACCUGAUGGAGGAAAACAGGGAGCUGAGAGCGAGACUGUCGCACCUGGAGGGACAGCGGGCGCCGUCAGCGGGCGGGAAGAUGGACGCGUGCUGCCAGACGGACGCAGAUAUCGAGGUACAGGUGGCGAAGGAAACUGGGGGAGAAGAGACGGUGGAGUGUAUGGAAAUCCCACCGUCGCGUGUCGAAGGUGAGUCGGAGACGGCGGACGAAGACACGAGAGAGACGAGUGACGCGUCCCGCGAGGAAACGGCGGCGGCGUUCGAGGCGGAGCCCGAUUUCGUGCUGAGGAGGAGAGUGAAGGAGCUGGAGGAGCAGCUGUCCGUCGUGGAGGAGACGAUGAAAGACGAGUUUGACGGGAAGAUGAGUUUUGUUCAGACGCAACACGAGGAGGAGAUGGAGAGGCUGAAGGUCACGUGCGAGCGCGGCUUCGCCUCCGUGGAGGAGUGUCAUCUGAAGGUCGUGGAGGAGCUGCAGCGUCGACACCAGCAGGAAGUGGAGCGCCUCCUGGUGGAGAGAGACCGACUGCUGGAGGAGGAGAGCGCUGCCACGGCGACCGCGAUCGCGGCCAUCGGGAACGCUCACCGGCUGGAGCUGGAGAGGGAGGUGCAGAGGAGGAGUCGGGCAGAGACGGGAGACGCUCACCUGGAGGACGUUUACAGACAGCACAGCGAGGAGCUGGCCUCGUACCAACGGGAGCUCCAGGCGUUGUCCCAGCAGUUCUCUCUGAAGUGUCUGGAGAACGAACAUCUGGUCCAGGCUCUGGAUGCUGAGAGGAAGGCCUUGUGUCAGUGCCAGCAGGAAAACCAAGACCUGAGGACCAGAAACCAGGAGCUGAACGGUCACCUGGCGGCUGAGAUCUCCAGACUUUGUUCUCUGGUCCGUCAGGACGAACCGCCGCUCGGUCCGAGAGCGGACGCGUACGAGAUGGAGAUCAACCUGCGAGUGAAAGAGUCCGAGGUCCAGAGUCUGAAACAGGAGGUCGCGUCUCUGAAGGACGAGCUGCAGUCGGCACAACGGGACAAGAGGAACGCCGUGAAGACGUACAAGGACGCGUACGGCGAGCUGAGCGCGGCGAGGGCGGACAGCGAGCGAGAGCUGGACGAGCUGAGGGAGAACCUGAGGCUGGCCCGCCGCGCUCUGGACCACAAUGCACCCUGAUAGCUCCACAUUUCAGAAUAAAAGUAUUUAAUACAAGACAAAUCAUUCCCUCCUGUAACCUUUAAAGUUUUAUUUAAUAAAUCCAGAAACUGUUUUUAAGUUUUUACCAUCGUCGUUAAGAAAUAAGUGUUUAUGUUAUUUUAUAUAUUUUUUAUCUGUACAGACAUUUUGUUAUUGUAAGACUGAUUACAUGUUUUAUCAUAUUUGUGUUUGUUUGUUUGUUUGUUUGUUUGUUGUCCUCAUCCUCUGCUGUACGUGUCGUUAAACUGUCGUUUUUUUUUACAUCAAUUAAAUCUUUUUAAAUUAAAAUCUUAAAACAUUUCUGUCAGUGGACUCUGAUUUAUAUAUUUGUAUUAAUAUAAUUAUUAUUAAUUAAAUGAAAUUGGC